GAGCAGAGACAAGCGAAAGAAAGGAAAGGAAAGAAAGGGGAACGGAAAGGAACGGAGGUCAAGCGUCCGGGUUGUCGCAUGACGAGGAAAGCCAGUGAACAUGGCGCCCUCCUCGUCCCUCCUGGGCAAGCUGCGUGGCGCCAGCAGCAAGCAGCCGCGCACCGAUCCACGUGACCCCUACGGCUACACCAACGGCUUGGGCUAUGGCGGCUUCAACUCGCCCUCCGCCUCCUCCUCCGGCGGCUCCCCCAUGUGGAGCAGCUCCAACGGGAGCGGCAGCUGCGAGACAUACAGCCCGCGCCUCGGCGGCGGCAGUGGCGGCGGCGAUGCGUAUCCAUAUACAUUAUCCGGCGCGCUUGACAGCCCUGUUCUCGGCCGCCUCGAUGCCGGCUCCUCUGGCGUGGAGACAUGGGCCCUCGCGCCCCCUGGCAGCGCACACUACAUCGCCGGGUCCAGCACCAGCGCACCCGGCGGACUCAAUCUCAGUGCGUCGACGUCGUGUGCAUCGCCUGGCGCAUCCGCCGCGCCGUUCCGGGCGAGCGCAAGCUCCAGCCCCGUCUACUCGGGCAAGAGCGGCUCCGCGUCCGGCGCGAAGGCGAGCCCACUGCUUUCGCCGGAUGCCCAUCUUGACUAUGCGUCGUCGGCCGCGGUCGCAACCAGCCGGCCUGGGCUAGUCAGCACCAAGUCGUUCGACUCGGCUGCCAGCGGGGCGGAGCGCGCCACUGCUACCGCCUCCGGCGCGCAGACUAUCUACGCCAACGGUGACGGCUACUAUGACUCCGCGUCCGCGCCCAGCACCGCGACAAGCGUCGCGACAAGCCACUCCAAGUCGUCUACCUCUACCGUGAACCACUACCCGCCGUCGGCGGGCUUUAACACGUACGACCCAUGGUCCGGCGCCAUGUCCCCGCGCACGCCGCGC